AUGGCGUCAAGUACACAAUUAUUCUACCGCCUUUGGCAGGAGGAGACGGUGCGCGAGAGAUUCUUCGAGCUCUUGUCCAAACAGGACCUCUGCGCCGUGAGAGUGGCCAAUUCGGCCUGCUGCAAUCUCGUCACCAGGCGGCUGUUUGUCCGCAUCAGCUUGACCUUCACAUCAAACACCUUCACCAAUCCUCACCGCAUUCAGGCCUUGUCAAGGAUUGGCCACCACAUCGAGCACCUCAGCUUCACCUUUCCCCAUUCCAAUGCCACCUUUCUACCCCCUCUCAUUCACCCACAGACAGGCCAGGAGAUCCUGUUUCUAUACAACCCCCACACGUCCAUGGCUUCGGCGCUCACAAGGCCAAAGUAUGGCAAUUCGGAGCUCGGCGACAUCCUCACGCAGCAGUACCCGCCUCUUUUCCAUGCGGCCAGCAAUGUUCCCUCCUUCAUCAACGCCAUGAAGCACAUGACCAACAUGCGCCACCUCACCAUCAGAACUCCCGGCCAGGAGCCCAGUGAGCGUUACCGGAGGGACAUUGUUGAUUACGCCCUCAUCAGCCUCCGCAUCUCGGUCGAGCGCGCGCCUCUCACCAAGCUCACCAAGCUUUCGCUCUCUGGUGUUCACCCUUCCUCCUUCAACUACCUCCGUCACAAGCCGGGCUUCGGCGCUCUCCCCUCGGCGGCCCUCCGAUGGCGUCAAAUCAAGAAGCUGUACAUUUCUGUCGAGAGCUGGGACUUUUAUGGCCCUGCCCCCGGUCUCGACCACCUCAAAAUUAUUGACGACUACAUCCGGGAGUUUGCCCCUCAGCUGGAAAAGUUUUCAUUCACUUGGCUUGGGAGGAAGGGACCCUGCCCCAUUGCCCUCUCUGGCGACCCCCUUUUCGCCGCCCCAAGACACUCCAAGAAGCUGUUCAACGAGGUCACUUCCCCCAUGUCUCCUCUUCCGCCCAAACCACUUAGACACCCGCUCGUGAUGCCCAAGUUGAGGUGCAUGGCGGUCAAAAACGCGACGAUGAAUGCGCAGCAGGUGAAGGGACUCGUCGCCGACCAUCGGGGCACUGUCAGGGAAUUUGACUUUGACAAUGUGGCACUCAUCAGAGGCAGUUGGGACGAUGCGCUGGGCCCAUUGGUGGACAAAGAAGAGGGCGGCAGUCCCGACAGCUGGUCAAGAAAAUCAUUCGCUUCCGCAGGCUCAAACACAAGACCCGGGACAUCCAGGACAAAUACCUCGGCAGGGUCUGCGGUGGCAAACUCGUCGGAGGACGAAGCUGUCACACCGUCGUCGGCUGCGGCCGAGGCAAGCAGGGAGUUGUUCCAGGUCGACCUUGAGGGAAUGGUCUUUGGCGGCGUCAACGACGUCGACAACUUCGAGACCGGGGUGGAGGAGUGGGCUAAGGGUGUUACUGCUGCCGCUGCUUCUGCGUCUGCCAGCAACGACCGCUUGGAUGACUAUGAUGACGUCGCCUCUGACAUUGAGGCCGCCAAGCAGGCGAGCGAAGGGUUCAGCACGACGCUUAGGAAGAGGAGGUUGAGAAAGAAGAGGAGGCACCAUGACCACGAUGAAGAAGACGAGCGCAAGAGCCAGAAGAGCACCGAAAAAGAAAAGGAAAAGAGCACUCGCCACUUUCCCGGCCUGGGCAAGAGCAGCAGCAAGCUUACGCUCAAACACUCGCGCAGCCGCAGCGACGAGACGGCUUCCACCACCCCCAAAGAAACCAAAGACCGUGAACGCUCUGAAUCCCGUCCUCGUCUCCAACGUCGCCGCCGUCACCAUCGCCACCACUCCUCGGAUGAUGCUGUCCCAGCUCUCCCUACAAUGCCGUCCAUGCCGGAGGUGGUUGGCUCUGACGACGAGUCCUACUUCAACUCGCAGCACCCUUACUAUACCUCCCCUGGCCCAUUCACGCCACCCCCCCUCACCCGGUCUAACUCUCUGUCUUCCUCCCAUUCUGUCUCCCCGGCCCCUUCCCCAUCCCCUACCGGAAACAACAGGGGCAGCUCCAGAAUCGAGAUCUCAGUCCCUCUCCUCAACCCGAACCCCUUCCCCGUCCUCCUCCAGCCAACAGUUUACGACCCCUCGGCCAAGACCGGGCCGUUCGUGUGCUCCGUCGUCGGAGAGGAAGACCAUGGGCUUUAUGAAGACGACGGUCUGAGCCCAGCACAGAGACUGAUCGAGGCAGACAUGCUUGCCGAAGCGCAAGAGCGUGAGGCUAGGUCGUCUGCGCUCAAGAGAGCGAGGGAGGCAGUCAUGACGAAGCUCUCGAGAGAGUUUUCGAGAAAGGCCAACGCGAACAGUGAAAAGAACAAGGGGUCGGCGGCGGUGCAGCAGGUCGCUGGGAUGAUGAGCCUUGCCGAUUUACCUUUGCACCCUUUGCAUACCGGAGGCAAUGCUAGCAGCCACAAUGUGGGCGGAGGCAAUAACAGUAUCGGAUGCAGGAUCCGGGAAGGGCUGUUUGGAAAGAGCAUGGCGAAUGUGGCCGAGUGCAGGUCGGAUCAGCAGAGGGUGACCAUGGAGAGUAACGGCAGCGUGUUGGUGCCGCUUAUUUUUGCCAGGUCUUGA